UAUGCCCUCAUGGAAAAUGUAUCGGAGUUUAAUUUUAUGGCUUUGUAAUCUCAUAUUUUGGAUCUCACCAAGAAGAAAAAGCAAUAUGACUGGAUUAUGUGAAUGAAAUUGAUUUCUUUUGGUUAAUUUAUAGUCGGGCUCCUGGUAGACUGUUGCUGCUGAGCACCUGCAGUUUACCGAGAUAUUUUUUUGCCUGUGAUUUGUUUGAAUGCCUGGUGUAAUUUUCAUAAAAGCGCACAGAGAUCCAGCCUCGCUUUGAUAUGGAUAACCUCACCAUGGAUAACAUGACUGUGGAGAACGGCACGUCGGUGCAGGACAACCAGACCCUGGGUAUCUGGACUGACUACACAGUUGAAUACAAAGUAGUUAGUGUGUUUUUGGUCUCUCUCAUAUGCGGGGUGGGAAUCGUUGGGAAUGUGAUGGUCAUACUGGUGGUGCUGACGACAAAACACAUGAGGACACCCACUAACUGUUACCUGGUGAGCCUGGCCGCGGCUGACCUGAUGGUCCUGACGGCCGCUGGGCUGCCAAACAUCACCGACGCCCUGUACGGGCAGUGGGUGUACGGCUACGCGGGCUGCCUGGGAAUCACCUAUUUCCAGUAUUUGGGAAUAAACGCGUCCUCCUGCUCCAUCACCGCAUUCACGGUAGAGCGCUACAUCGCCAUCUGCCACCCCAUCAAAGCGCAAUUCCUGUGCACUUUAUCCAGGGCAAAGAAAAUCAUCAUGCUCGUCUGGGCGCUCACUUCUGUCUACUGCGUCAUGUGGCUUUUUCUGUCCGAUACUAAAAAGUUGACAUAUGACAACGCGGUACGGCUCAGCUGCGCCUACAAAGUGUCCAGGAGUUAUUACCUGCCCAUUUACUUCUCUGAUUUCGCAGUGUUUUACGUGCUGCCUCUCAUGCUGGCCACAGUUCUGUACGGACUGAUCGCCAGGAUACUUUUCCUAAACCCGCUUCCCUCGGAUCCCAAAGACAGCAGCAAGAAGUGGAAGAAGGAGACCAGUCUGGGAGGGAGGAUGAUCAGUACCAGCUCCUCCUGCAGCACCACGGCUGCCUCUCGCAAACAGGUUACCAAGAUGCUGGCUGUGGUGGUGAUCCUCUUUGCCUUACUUUGGAUGCCCUACCGGACCUUAGUGGUUGUCAACUCCUUCCUGAACAAGGCCUACCUAGACACCUGGUUCCUGCUCUUCUGCCGACUCUGCAUCUAUUUAAACAGUGCCAUCAACCCAGUCAUCUACAAUGCCAUGUCCCAGAAAUUUCGUGCUGCUUUUAAGAAGCUGUGCCACUGUGGCCCCCGGAGCAUGGAGAAACCAGCCUCUUACAGUGUGGCACUCUCCUACAGUGUCAUCAAGGACAUGUCCAACGGAGAAAGUCCAGACCACUUCACUACAGAAAUGGAUGGGCUAAACACGCCAACAGAUCAGUACCUACUCACCAGAAACCUGCCCACUGCCAAGAAGAUGUUGUAUGAGGAUCCUCCCCUGUCUGGAAGUGAAAUCAAAAACCUAACAAAAAAUGUGGAUAUCUGAGAAUCUGACAGCUGCAGUAUGGAUUCAGGCACUCAAGGGGGCAUUCCAGUUUCAUUUCUCUGAGGUGUUUUCUCUUGGAAAUAUUUCUUUUAUUUGACUCCAAUAAGCCCAUUUGCCAGAAACUAAUUAUGAUGCAAUGGGAUGAGUUGCUGUGGGCUGUAGGCCUAGCAUUUUGUGUAAAAAUAAGUAAAGGGUGUUAGCAUGAAUUGUGCAAAAUACAUACAGUAGUUUGUAAUUUAUAGUUAUGGUUUGAUACAGCUGUGCAGGAUUGAGCAGAGUGAAAAAUCCCGUCGGUGUCUAAUGUGUCUGAAAAACAGAAAACAGUUACUAAUACAGGAUGUAAUGUACAUACAGUAAUGAUAUAACGCAGCGACACCUUUUAUAUAAACAUCACCUAAAAUGUUACAAGAAAAUGUGCAUGAAAGCAAUUCAUCCUACAGCUGCAUGACUGUGCUGGUUGACGCAGACCUCCUCCUAAACAAAACCAGAAUGUGUUAAACAAAACGCCACAUUAUGUCACAUUCAAUAGCAGGAAGCUUCACUAGAAGAUAUCGUAGGGCUGGGUGACAUCAGUAUUUAUAACAAUCUAAAUUAAAUCACUACUUCACUAUAUUCUGUUGAGCUCAAGAUUCACUUGAGCUUAGAAUUUUCUAGUAGUUUUCAGGUCUUAGUAAGCCCAUAGAAUGGUUUGUUGCAUGAGAUGUUUUCUCUGAGAGCCUUGCUACUCGUUCCCGAGGAUGGGUUUUAUUACUGGUGAUCAUGAAAGUGUUCUCACUUUAUGUGCAGAUGAUUAACUUUUUGUUUGAAUUUUAUACCAUGGGAGUGAUAACGUUUUGGGAAUGUGAGGAUGCUUUGGCCGAUCCUCAGACCUUCAAAGGGCUGUUUGAGGGUUAAGACUUAGGUUUAAGGUUGGAAAUAAAUUUAGAUUAGGGUUGGGGUUGGGGUUAGGGUUAGGGCUGGGGUUAGGCGC